GAUCAUUGUUUCGCUAUUUAUGAAAUAAAAUAGUACGAUUCUCUUUUUUAUUAUUAUUUUAUAAAUGUAUAAAAAUAAAUGCGAUUUGUUUAAAAAUAUAUGUCAAAAAAUAUCCCACUUUUCGAUUUCUGCAGAACGAAGCUAUACAUAAAAAAGUGUUUUUAUAUGGAGAUAGUGGUUAAAGUAAAUGCAGUAAAUUAUAUCAUACUAUUAGAGCGAUUUUAAAUAUAUAUAAAAUGAAUACCUCGUCACAAAGGUUUUAUAAAAUGAAAAAAAAUGAAAAAAUAAACUGAAUUGUUUUUCACAUACCAACUCUAUUCGUAAGUCAGGUUUUUCUUUGGUGAGGAUGUUUUGUGGACCAGUUCCUAUCAACAGCCACUUGACAUUGACGAGGAGAAACCGUCAGUCUGUCAUUUAAACCCAGUGGUGCAGUCAGUAUGAACGGAUACUGUGGCUGUGAUGAGGAGUCAGACUGUGUUACCAAAGUCUAAAUCACUGCAGCAGGUGAGUGACAAACACAGAGAUUAAAUCAUUAUAAUUAAAAAUAAAUUAGAAAAUGAAGUCAAUAACUACAUCUCCCUUUAUAUAUAUUUACUCCGAAUGCAAAAUAAAAGCGUCUCGUAGGAAGAAAAGCAAUUCGUCCAAUUUGUAAGUACUAAUUAAAAAAAAUAAAUAUGAGUGAGAUUUGUCGUGGGUUUUCUCACAGAAACCCUGUUAUCUAAAAACGAAGGAAAACUCUCCAAACACGGGGCGAAUAAAGCGCCACAGACUCUAAUAAUAGUCUCGGGCAAUUCACACAUAUUUAUUUCUGCAUUUUAGAAGCUUCAAGCCAGGGAGUGAAAUCCGGACAGGUUGUUAUAGCUACGCAAUCCACAGGGGUUCCGAUGUCUAUUUAAAAGCUCUGGGACCCUCCCUCUGCUCUCCUUUAAACAACAUUAUAUAUCACACACACACUGCAUGCUAAUGCGCAUGGAUCCUCAAUGAGCACUAAAACACAUCACGUUUAAAUUGUCUGACUUCAAACUGCCAGACGAGGCAUCAGAGGGAACAUAUCAUCAGAAUUCCCCCUGUGGCAAUACCUGCUGAUUGGAGCAGCAGCUUUUAGCCUUUUUUUUUUUUUUUUUUAAUAUUUGGCUCCACACUUCUGCCACGGCCAGACGCGACACAGAGAUAUAGGAAUAAAAAUCAGUCAGUGCAGAAAUCGGUACUUUUUUUCCCCCCUUCUCUCUCUCUCCCUUUCUCUCUCUUUCUCUCUCUCUCUCUCUCUCCCUUGUUGCCUUUUUCUUGUUUGUCCUUGUUUUGUGACUCUUCACUGCAAACCCCAGUGCGCGCCUAUGAGCGCGCAUGAAGGCAUUCUGCCGGAGAUGUUUUGCGGAACUUUAAGGAUGAUAUACCUGGGAUGUUUCCUGCUGCUGUGCGCUUCUCUGACGCAUGUCACGGCGAGUUAUCCCAUCUGGUGGUCACUGGCUGUGGGCCAGCAGUACUCAUCACUGGGCACUCAGCCUAUUCUCUGUGGAAGUAUCCCCGGUCUGGUGCCCAAACAGCUGCGAUUUUGCCGUAACUACGUGGAAAUCAUGCCGAGCGUGGCUGAAGGUGUAAAGAUUGGCAUCCAGGAGUGUCAGCACCAGUUCAGAGGUCGACGCUGGAACUGCACCACAGUCAAUGAUCUGGCCAUUUUUGGACCUGUGCUAGACAAAGCUACCAGAGAGUCGGCGUUUGUUCAUGCCAUUGCCUCAGCGGGAGUGACAUUUGCGGUGACCCGUGCCUGUGCCGAAGGUUCAGCCACCAUCUGCGGCUGUGACACACGCCACAAGGGCCCCCCUGGAGAGGGGUGGAAAUGGGGCGGCUGCAGUGAGGAUGUGGAGUUUGGGAGCAUGGUGUCGCGGGAGUUUGCUGACGCGAGAGAGAAUCGACCUGACGCACGCUCAGCCAUGAACCGCCACAACAACGAGGCCGGAAGAAUGUCCUUGAACGACAACGUCUUCCUCAAAUGUAAAUGCCACGGACUUUCGGGCAGCUGUGAAGUCAAGACCUGCUGGUGGUCCCAACCUGACUUCAGAGUCAUUGGUGACUACAUGAAGGAUAAAUACGACAGUGCCUCUGAGAUGGUAGUGGAGAAGCACAGGGAGUCCCGGGGAUGGGUGGAGACCCUGAGACCCAAGUACAACUACUUCAAACCCCCCACAGAUCGUGACCUGGUUUAUUAUGAAAACUCGCCCAAUUUCUGUGACCCCAAUCCCGAGACCGGUUCUUUUGGGACCCGAGAUCGCUCCUGCAACCUCACUUCCCACGGCAUUGACGGGUGCGACCUUCUGUGCUGCGGACGCGGCCACAACACUCGAACUGAGAAGAGGAAAGAGAAGUGCCACUGUAUCUUCCACUGGUGCUGCUACGUCAGCUGUCAGGAAUGUAUGAGAGUCUACGACGUUCACACCUGUAAAUAGCGUUGUUUUUUGCAAUAUUACAUCACUGUUAUUUCCCAUAAGACAUGUCUGACCUGUCCACGGACUCCAACAGCAGAUAUGAUGACCAUGGGUUUCUUUGCUGUGAUGCGCAAGGAACAGUUCAGUAGAUGCUCACACUCGCUGCGGCGGUGGUGAUCGUGGUGUGAUGCUGAUGACUGUGGCAGCAACAAAAACGUCACUGUUUGCUGGUAAAAGAACGAAAAAAUCUCUCAGCUAACUGAUGAGCUCCAGGUAGGCGAUAUUUCAUCAGUAACAUUUCCUGAGAACAGUGCAGCACUACUGAUGUUUACGACAGCAACUAACAAUGUCUUUUAAGAAAAGGAAAAAUCCUGAAUGACGAAGCGACGGCGUCACAAGUUCAAAAGUGUGCGUUUGUCUUUGUCCUCACACCAUGGCUUUGUACAGAACAUCUGAAAACUAACGUCAUUGUUGCGUGCGUUAAGUGUGGUAGUUUGGUCGUAGCUGGGGUAAGAAUGCACUUGUACCUGAGUGAAUGUAGUGAUUGUGUUAUAAUGAGUUUACAUGUUCACAGAAUUUAAAGCUAACAACUACAAACGACUAACUUUACCUGAGAGUAGACCUGAGCCACAUCCAGGGAAGUUGCAACAGGGCAGAGAACAGCCUGAGGCCACGGAGCUGGAACUGGGCCCCAACAGCAGCUGGUUACUUUAAAUUCUAUCUUAGACUAUAUACAGAAGUCUGCAACAGCGCAAUGAUCCGGUCCUCCCCUUCCAAGAUCCCAUUCCACAGUCUUGGUUUUGUUUUUUGUUUUUGUUUUUUUGUUUUUUGCUUGAGAAUUUAACAACACAACAACAAGCUUGAAGCAGACUGACGGCAUGUUUUAGGUAGUCUGAAAAAUACAGCAAAGACAAGAAGACUUUUUAAAGUUUUCAAAAGACAUAGUUGGUUCAAAGACCUCCUAGUAGACUGUGCCUGGGGUCUUCUAAGUUCCUUGGAAUGGAAAAAAAAAAACAGCACCAAGUCAGCACAUUUCUUAGAACACCCUGAAAAUGGUUGGAGCUUUGUCUCAAAUCAAAGCUUUAAAUGACCAAAGACAAGAUAAAGACCUUUGUGAGUCUGUCGGGUCAGAGAGCUGUAAACAAAUCUGAAAAGCUCAGCACUUGUGUCCUUGAGAAAUAUGAAGCAUGUUCUUGUUUUUAUCAGUAUUAUCUCCUGUGAUUGGUUGCGGGGUGGAACUGUUAUUUAUGAAAGGGUUAUUCCCAUGUUUUGUUUUGGGUUUUUUUCAUUUACAGUACGUGAGUAACACACCCUUUUGUUUUUUUUGUUUUUUUUUGUUUUUGGUUUUUUUUUUGUUUCAUUAAGAAAGAAGUGAAUUCCGUGCCCUCUUUAUGGCAAAAAUUAAAAAAGAAAAAUCAACAUAAAUGAUUUUAGGACAAUGAACAAAGCAGCGAGUCCUUACUAAUGCAGUGGAAGUUGACGUUGCAGUAACAAGAUGACCAAAAUAUGUGGCUUUUUAAGGAAUAAAGAAGCAGCACCACUGAAACAAUCAGUACUCCCCAGAUUUAAUGCUGCUAAAAACAAUGUGUAUUUGUCUUUAGGUUUGAUACAAUGUACAAUGUUUCUGUGUCAACUUUCCUUCUUUGUUUGUCUCAUGGUUCUUUCUGUGAAAGAAAACUGUUAUAAAUAUAUAUACAUAUAUGUACGUAUAUAUAUAUGUGUGUGUAGAGUUUAAAAAUGUGAAGUGUUUAAGCAUUUUUACAUCCAGUAAUCCAUACUUAACCAAAUAGACCAGUGUAGAAUUUUUCAUUUUUAGUUGUCUGGAUUUUGUAGACGUCAGGGUGAAAAUAUUUUAUGUUUUCUCCCAGAGAUGAAAUACAAAAUUGAGUUUUAAUUUAUUUAUACAUACAGUCAAAAACUACUGAAGUGUGGGAAGAACUUUUUCAUUGAAACUGUGGCCUCAACUCUAGAGAUAAAAUAUAGAUUCAGGUUUUUUUUUCAGGGUGUAAACAAAAGAGCCUCCUCCUGAAUAUUUGAUUGACAUCCCCAAUAGACUACACAUCAACCCAGUACCAGUAAAAAGCCCGUCAAGGUGCCGUUUAAUGCUGGUCAUGUAUAUGUGAUUUGUUCAUUUCCUUAUUCCUUUGUUUUUUUCUUCUUUUUUAAAAAAAUCCAAAGUUUUGUAUAAAAUAGUUUUGUUUUCUUUGGCAUUUUCAUGAGCUUCUAAAAUUUGAUGUUUUUAUAAUUAUUUAUUUAAUUCACUGUACAUAUUAGCUCAGUAAAAUUAAAUAUAAAUAUUUGCAGAAAAGCUCCAUUACGACAGUGUCUGGACAUGUAACACUGUAGACUUUUUUACCUCAUUACUGUUUGUUUCCCCACUGACUCCACACAGGUAUCACGUGUCCACCUGCCUGUAGUAGAUCUCUGACAUCUCUGAUGUUAAUUCUUUAACACCGAAAUAAAGCGACAUAA